AUGGUUACCGCUGCUACAUUCGCUCAGGGGUAUCUUGUUCUUGGGUCUAGGAAAGGAGUCAUCGUUGUCCUUAAACAAGGCGACAGCGGCAAAUAUUCCGCCAUUAUUACAAUCGAGGUACAGAGAGAUGAAGCAAUCACCUCGUUACUCCCCCUUAGCAAUGGCGAUGACCAACCACACAACUACAUCUUGAGCACGUGUCGUGAUGGAAGAUACAGGAUCCAUGAAAUCCCAACAACAGGUAGCCAACCCAACGCCAUACUGAUUCACGAGAUAUUACCACCGUUUGUGUCAUCUAUCGAGGGGGCUUGGUUCUCCGAUAACGGCGAUGGGACCAAGGAUCUUAUGCUCUGCGGUUUUCGGAGUAGUAACCUGGUGGUCUGGAACGAAACCCAGCGUCACGAGGUCGCCAUAGUCGAUUGCGGAGGCUCCUCACGGAGCUACGCUUGGACUCCCUUGAGAUACCGGCAUGAUGGAUUUCGAUUUGUAUUUACCAAGGCGGGGCAGAUGCACAUCUUUUCGCAGACAUGUGCACCACACAAGACGCUCAAGCCAGGGGGCCACGGUCGUGAAAUUAAGGCGGUGAGCGCCUCUACAGGGCGCUACAUUGCUACGGCCGCCGAAGACACUGUGAUACGGAUAUGGGAAUAUAACGAUUACGACUAUCAGUAUAACGAACAAAACAACAAUGACCCUAGGCUGCGUUGCAUCGCGGCUCUAGAGAGGCACGCUACGGGUAUUCAAGCCCUAAAAUGGUACAAAAAUGAGUACUUAUUUAGUAGCGGCGGUAACGAGGAAUUCUUUGUAUGGAAGAUCAACCGGCUCCAAUGUAGCAACUUUAGCGGGCUUGCCGUUGUAUGCGAAGCCGUGUUCCCUGAUCGAACUGAAGUAGGAGAUGCCCGCAUUACUGAUUUUGACGUGACUUGCACCGCACGCGAUAGUAAUGGCGGAUAUGAGUUUGCCAUAUCUAUGGUCCUAUCGAACUCAACGCUACAGACGUAUACCUACAACCGUGUAUCAGGGUUCCGUUUACUAAGAAGGUCAACGUAUACGGGAGCGUGUCUUACGCAAGUACGUCAAUUAGACAGCAACCAUGUCUUGACUGCGGCCACGGAUGGAUAUUUAGCCAUCUACUCCACAACGAACCCCGAAGCUGAGGGUCGAAGCCCGGGCGAUCCCGACGCCGCACUUACCGUCACAAAACUGCACCAGAACACCGUCAAGUCCCUCGACGUGCGGCAAGUAUUUAUCCAAGACGAUGGGGCUUCGGAAUACCUCAUUGUAACAGGCGGCGACGACAACGCGCUAGGCGUUACACAUAUCCGUGUCUCUCCCACCCCUAUUUCCUCUGCUUCUUCUUCUGAAUCUCGACGAGGCGCAACAACCAUCACAAUCAAGAGCAAAUCCCUCGUCCGCUCCGCACACGCCGCAGCUAUCACAGGCGUGGCGUUCGCGCACGUAGGAGAAGACAGCGCGCUCGUCGUCACGGGGAGUAAUGACCAGCGCGUUAAGAUCUGGCGGCUGCUUGGGUGGCAGCAGCAGCAGCAGCAGGCGAGGGCGCAGUUGUUGGAUGAGCGGUAUAGCUCUGUUGCUGAUGCGGGGGACUUGGAUGUCUUUGGGGGUUGGGAUGGGGAUGGAGAGGGAAAUGAAACGGAUAAGGGUAAGGGUAAGAAAAAGGUGAUAGUAGUCGGCGUUGGUUUGGAGAUCUGGGAGGUGGAGGUAUGA